GAUAAUGAUUAAGAUCCUGGUUAAGAACUGCGAACCAGCGGGCAGUACAAUAUGUUAAUCUCAACGUCAUCGCCGGUGCAAAAAUCCACGUUUCGGGUGAAGGCGGUGGCGGCGGAGCCCCUCACUUCAGACGUGCGUGUAUGUGUGCUGUCAAAUGGAGCCCCCUCCCAGCGCCGUGGUGAUGUGUAGCUGCUGGAUCGUAUUGUAACACGGUAUCCGGGUUGGCGGAGGAUUGGUGGGAGUGACCCCAUCGGUGAUUUCCAACGGAGGGGCUCCGAAACAGAAGGACGGUCUCUCCACAGCCGCAGCAACCAAGAAGAACGGUCUUCGGCGUAACUGAGGGUGAUGAACGGGAGCGCGUCCAAAAAAGCGAGCCAUCCAGUCCGAGCAAUGUGGAUAUUUCUUCUUUAAAGUUGUUCGUUUAACUCAAGGAACAUUCGCUACUCUUGCACCACUUAUGAUUUGACACGACACAGUAACACGUUGCGACCAUGGAAAAGGCGUGCGGCGUCCAUUCGGGGGCUCAUAAAAGCGGCCCGGGAUCGACCUCUUCGGAUCGCGGGAAUUCGACGAAGAAGCUUGGGAGAAGCGGCUCCCACACCCCGAGCUCGGGAGCGGGAUCAGGCUCUGCCAGCAGCCCCGCUGGAGGGGGAGGCAGCCGUGCAGGGACAGCGGGAAACAGCGGGAGCAUGCAGCAGCCUAACAGGCGGCACCUGGAAGGAGUGCUGAGCAAAUACACGAACCUGCUGCAGGGCUGGCAGAACAGGUACUUCGUGUUGGACCCGGAGCUGGAGCAGCUGCAGUACUUCAUGAACGAGCACAGCCGGGGCCAGAAGCCCCGUGGCUCGCUCCCCCUCGCCGGCGCGUCUGUAACCCCAAGCGAUGAGGCGCCACACAUGUUCACCGUCUACUCAGCUAGCGGUGAGCUCUACAAGCUCCGAGCUGCCGACGCCAAGGAGCAGCAGUUCUGGAUGAGCCAGCUCCAGGCUUGCGCCCGCCGCCACUCCGACGGCAGCACCAGGGUCACGGCGUCGUCGGGCCGCGCCCGCAGCUUCUCCCUGCUCCCGCACCCCCCGCUCUCCUCCUCGGCCUCCUCCUCGUCUGCCUCGCCUGCCGGCUCCCGGGCCACACCCCUCGCUGGGGCACCCAGUGGCAUCGUCACCAUCACCCAUCACAAGUCCCCGGCGGCGGCGCGACGCGCUCACAGCCAGUACCCGGGCAGGCUGCUGGAGGUCAAAGAGAUAAUGAGUCAGGCGGAGGGUCAGCAGAAGACCCUGGUGCACUCCAUAGAGUCGCUGCCGACCCGCGGGCCCCUCUCCUCGCUGGACCAGGACCUGCUACUGCUGAAGGCCACGUCUGCUGCCACGCUCAGCUGCCUGGGCGAGUGCCUGAAUAUCCUGCAGCAGAGUGCCUGCCAGAAUACCCACAGCAACAGCCGCGGCCCGCCCACUGACGGCGUCCCCGGGUGGCUCGGUCCAAAGUCGCCGUCAGCAGAGGAGCAAAAGAACGAGACCCGCACCCCUGUCAGCUGGUCUGCUGAGCUGUCCCCCGCCCUCAGGGGCAAAGGGCUGCCCCAGGGCUCAGAGUCACCCAGCCCGGAGACGGCCCAUCCUGACGAUGAGGUCACCGACACAGAGGACAAUGAGGAGGAGGACCUGGGCGUCCUGGAUGAGCAGCGCAGUGUCAUCCUGCACCUCCUCUCCCAGCUCAAACUGGGCAUGGACCUCACGCGGGUGGUACUGCCCACCUUCAUCCUGGAGAAGCGUUCCCUGCUGGAGAUGUACGCCAACUUCAUGGCACACCCGGACAUGUUCAUAGCCAUCACGGCGGCCUGCAGCGCCGAGGAGCGCAUGCUGUGCUUUGUGGAGUACUACCUGACCGCCUUCCAUGAGGGCCGGCGGGGUGCUGUGGCCAAGAAGCCCUACAACCCUGUGUUGGGCGAGACCUUCCACUGCUCCUGGGAGGUGCCGCGGGACCGUGUGCGCCCCCUGCAGGCCGGCCAGGAUGCGGCCCCGUCUGACUGCUACCGCGUUCACUUCGUGGCCGAGCAGGUGUCCCACCACCCGCCUGUCUCCAGCUUCUACUGCGAGUGCCGGGAGCGCCGCAUGUGCGUCAACGCCCAUGUGUGGACCAAGAGCAAGUUCAUGGGCAUGUCCGUCGGGGUCUCCAUGGUUGGAGAAGGAGUGCUCUACCUCUUGGAGCACGGCGAGGAGUACGUGUUCACGCUGCCGUCAGCCUACGCCCGCUCCAUCCUCACCGUGCCCUGGGUGGAGCUCGGCGGGAAGGUCUCCAUCGUCUGUGCCAAGAGUGGCUACUCCGCCUCUGUCACCUUCCACACCAAGCCCUUCUACGGAGGGAAAGUCCACAGGGUAACAGCGGAAGUGAAGCACAAUCCUACUAACACCAUCAUCUGCAAGGCCCAGGGUGAGUGGAACGGGAUGCUGGAGUUCACCUACAGCAGCGGGGAGACCAAAGCAAUCGACACCUCAAAACUGCCAGUCAUCAAGAAGAAGAUCCGUCCGCUGGAGAAGCAGGGUCAGCACGAGUCGAGGCGGCUGUGGCGGCACGUGACGGCGGCGUUGAAGGACGGCAACAUGGACGGCGCCACUGAACACAAGCGCCGACUGGAGGAGCGGCAGCGGACCGAGGAACGGCAGAGGGCGGCCGCCAGCACGCCGUGGGAGCCCAAGCACUUUGCCAAAGAGGGUGAGGGCUGGGUGUACCACAAUCCCCUGUGGAAGGCGCACUGAUGCAACAGCAGUCUGUCAUGCUACCCCGCUCAACAAGUUGGGCGGGACCAUGGACUAAAGAGGAGGAGCCGCCGUAAGCCCAGAAAAACACACCACCACCCCACCCCCCCCAUUGGGUGUAAACCUGUGGAGGGCCCAGGGAUGACACAGGGUAUGUCCAGAAGGGACCCUACAGACUAUUCAACACACACUGCUGGUGUGAGAGACUGUCAGACCGGGAAGGGACAGGGCUCUGCGUAGGCAGGAUCAUAGGUAUAGGUUUUUUAGUAUUCAUUGUAGAGUCUAUCUAUUUUUCACAAUUGCCUAGACCUUUUUUGCACACUAAAGUGAAGAGCCAUCAGCAUCUUGUGCACUAUGUUAGCGCCUCCUUUGGGAAACAUGUGCAGAGGUAAAAAUGAAUGGAUGAAGACGAAGGACGACAGCGUGUUGGAUGAAGUCAGUGGAAUGUACCCGGCAGGCUGGACACCCAGCCCAGCGUUCUCCAGUCAGCCCAUGCAGCACUCUGGCCUGCCAUUGGAGCAAGAUACGAAGCUCCACCAAUCCCCUCAGCUUGCUGAGUCACAUGACCCAGCCGUGUCCUGCCAGUGGGAUCUGAGCUGUUAAAGUCAAAGGUCAGGAGUUAUAGGCGUUAUCUAGAAGAGGUCUGCCUGCUUUUACAGUGAUCUCCCAAAAAUCAGUUAAUGUUGUCUGGGUGCAUUAACAAAUUAAACCCAACAGGACUGAUUCAUUGAUCAUGUAAUAAUUUUGUCACUUGACAGGUGCAUUGUGGGGCAGUGGUGGAUGUAGCUUGUGCUCACUGGUUGGUGGUAUCACACUAACAAUCCAUAAUGCUUAUAAUCCAGUUUGGCCAAUUUGAAGUGAGUCUGCUUCCUUCCUUUUGCUGUGGUCCAGGAGAGCCCCCUUGUGAAAUUAACAUGGAACUGCAGAUUUUGAGUCUGGAACUAGCAGGCUGAAAUUGGAGCAGAAUAUGAUUUUCAGUAUUUAAGAAAAAGAAUGUAAUUGAUUCAUACAUUUCUGAAAUGUUAAUGUAUUGACCAAGUGUGUCCUUGGAAACAAUGAAGUAUAUCAGCAACAGCCAGCUGAGAAUGAGCCGUGAUGUCUAACCACUCAGCGGCACACAAAUGUAACAGCACACUUGGAAAAUCUGUGUGCCGUUCGCGUUAUACUUGCCUGCUUUAGCAUCACGAUGCCUUGUUGUGUCAGAAUGGUUUUCUUUUGUCUUACGUUUGUCUGGUCUUCUCGCCGGAAGUUGUCCUCCGCUCUGUGCCGGGCGGCGGGGUAAAGGUGGCAUUAAAAGCCAAGAUUCAGCGUGUCGCUGACUA